AUGGCGAGCAAGGCCGCGAUCAAGCGCCUCACCAAAGAGGCUCAGCUCAUGGACAAAGACCCUCCGCCGCUCGUCUACGCUAGACCACGUGAGGACAACAUUCUUGAAUGGCAUUACAUCUUGCGUGGCCCGCCCGACACACCCUACGCCGGAGGCGAGUACCAUGGUCAGCUCCUUUUUCCGCCCGAGUUCCCCUUCAAGCCACCCGGCAUCAAGAUGCAGACGCCAAGUGGCCGCUUCGCACCCAACACCAAGAUCUGCACUUCGAUGAGUGACUACCACCCCCACACCUGGCAACCAGGCUGGAACACUUCGACCAUCUUGAUUGGCCUCCUCUCCUUCAUGUGCUCCGACGAGAUGACCACCGGGUCCGUGACUGCCUCGGACGCCGAUCGACGCAAGCUUGCGGCCCAGUCGCAUGCCUUCAACCUGACUCAAAAGAAAUUUUGCCAAAUCUUCCCAGAGUACGCCGGGCCCGAGAUCAAGGACUUGCCCAACAUGGGCGACAAGGCUAAACUCAACAGCACCUCGACCCAGUCAGACGGGGCUCUCCAUGGGGACGACAAGACACAAAAGGUAGGACUCGAUACCCUUGUUUCGUCACCGGCAUCGGGUUCUACUGCAUCGCAGGGCUUAAGAAAUCGUUCUCAACCACCACAAAGUCUCGAUAUCACAUCAUCAAAGCCUAGCGAGACACGCUCAGCUGCCGCUGGCAGUGCGGGCGAAGGUCACCGACGCGGUGAAGAAGUAAGACCAAGAAACAACGGGCGAAGAGAUUUGUUCGGAGUACGCAGCUCCCUGGUGGUAUUUGCUGUUCUAGCAUAUCUCUUUAUCAGUCGUGUAAUGAACGCCAGUGCGAAUGGUAUCAUUUGA